GUGACGCAAAGAUGUCUUAAAGAGCCCUUUGGCAGUGGAUUUAUCUAGAGAUCAGACCAUGUGAGGGGGGUUCGGUGUACAAAAGCUGUGUAGGAUGCUGAGUCUUGCACUGAGCCUCUGAGAGCUCAGCAGACAGGUGUGAGCAGGGAAUCCCACUGAAGAAGAAACACUUUGCUACCUGCAGACAUUGCAUGCUGCCAGACAACACAGGGUCAGGGCUGGAAGACUUUCAUUUUGAGAACAUCGUAUAAGGGAUACACAACUUCUACAUAGUACCAAAUGGGCUCUGGCUAAAUCGCUUCACAAUCAACAGGAUGGAGAGAAAACCAGCCUGCGCUGAGAGCCCAUCCUCGGGUUCUGAGAAAGAGCCCUUGACAUGCAAGACCAGGUCAGAAUGCAAAAAGGAUGGUCUGUUGCUGAGAAACUGCAAGCCAUCACUACGACUGUCUGAAGAGCACAACAAGGUGCACCCCUGCCCGGGAGAGAGGGCAGACCUUGGGCACAUGUCUAAUAAAUAUUUAGCAGUACAGAAUCCUGAUGCCCCUUGUAAUGGCACCAGAAAUGGAAUAGACGAAACCUCAACCCCAACACUUACUGUUAUUCCCUCCUGCAGAGCUGAGGUGCAUCACUUGCAAACAGAGAUAGCGGAAAGAGAGACUUGGAGCAAAAAAAUAGACUUUCUCCUAUCUGUUAUUGGGUAUGCAGUGGAUCUGGGCAAUGUAUGGAGGUUUCCUUAUAUCUGUUACCAAAAUGGAGGAGGAGCUUUUCUCAUUCCUUAUGUGAUUAUGGCUGUGUUUGGUGGAAUUCCGCUGUUUUAUAUGGAGCUGGCUCUGGGUCAGUAUCACAGGAAUGGCUGUAUUUCUGUAUGGAGGAAAAUUUGUCCAUUAUUUAAGGGAAUUGGUUAUGCUAUCUGUAUAAUAGCACUUUAUAUAGCAUCUUAUUACAACACCAUUAUGGCCUGGGCUCUCUACUACCUCAUAUUCUCUUUCCGAUCUGAGCUGCCUUGGACUAGCUGCCACAAUGUGUGGAACACAGAAAACUGCACCAAUUAUUUCCAAAACAGCAGUGUAACGUGGAUAAACAGCUCUAUCUCUCCAGCAGAGGAGUUUUACACCCGACUGGUGCUUCAGAUACAUAAAUCAAAAGGUCUACAGGAUCUUGGCGGAAUCAGUUGGCAGCUCUCGCUCUGUCUUCUUCUUAUCUUCACUGUAGUAUAUUUUAGCAUAUGGAAGGGAGUCAAGACAUCAGGAAAGGUUGUCUGGGUUACUGCAACAUUUCCAUACAUUGUACUUACGCUGCUUCUUAUACGAGGGGCCACGCUGCCGGGUGCCUGGAGGGGAGUUAUCUUCUACCUGAAGCCAAACUGGGAGAAGCUGCUUACUACUGAGGUUUGGGUGGAUGCAGCUGCACAGAUAUUCUUCUCGCUGGGCCCAGGAUUCGGAGUGUUGCUAGCCUUCGCUAGCUACAAUAAAUUUCACAACAACUGCUACCAGGAUGCAAUGGUGACGAGCACUGUGAACUGCAUGACCAGUUUUUUGUCAGGUUUUGUCAUAUUCACUGUCUUGGGGUAUAUGGCUGAAAUGAGGAACCUAGAUGUCUCCGAAGUGGCCAAAGAUGCAGGCCCCAGUCUGCUAUUCAUCACCUAUGCAGAGGCUAUUGCCAACAUGCCAGCAUCCACCUUCUUUGCCAUUAUAUUCUUCCUGAUGUUGAUUACACUGGGGCUGGACAGUACGUUUGCAGGUCUGGAAGGGAUUAUAACUGCUGUUCUAGAUGAGUUCCCACAUGUAUGGGGCAAACGUCGAGAACUUUUUGUCCUCCUUUUGAUUGUGGCCUGUUACCUUGGGUCUCUUUCCACCUUGACAUUUGGUGGUGCUUAUAUGGUGAAGCUGUUUGAGGAGUACGCCACUGGCCCAGCUGUGCUAACUGUAGUAUUUCUGGAAGCCAUAGCUGUGUCCUGGUUUUAUGGUAUCAAUCAAUUCUGCAGGGAUAUCAAGGAAAUGCUAGGCUUUUCUCCUGGCUGGUACUGGAGGAUUUGCUGGGUGGCAAUCUGUCCACUAUUUCUCUUGUUUAUUAUUUGCAGCUUUUUGUCAAGUCCCCCAGAACUUCGUCUUUUUAAUUACUCAUACCCUGGAUGGUCUGUUGUGCUUGGCUACUGCAUUGGAACUUCCUCUUUCAUCUGUGUUCCAGUAUACAUGGUAUACCGGAUAGCUAGUACUCCUGGAUCGUUAAAAGAGCGCUUCAUCAAGAGCAUAACCCCAGAGACGAUCACAGAAAUGCCAGUGGGUGGUAUUCAUAUGAAUGCUGUGUAACCUAGAAGCAGAACCUUGUCCUGUCUGCAAACUUUACGCACCCUAUUCUGUGCCUAAAGAGAACUAUUCCAAACCUCAUACUGUGUAUGGUUCAUCCACCCUCAAUGCUCUGGAUCAACUCUGAAGAUUGGGCUGCUUCUCAGUCUAUGGCAUGAAAGCCCAAGACAACUACAAGGUCCAAAUCUCAACUUGUCAUUGAUCCAUGAUGGAAAGGCGGUGUGCAUGUCUGUCUUAUGGAUAAUUAUCUGAGAAUGCUAAACACAAAGAAAUAUUUGGACCAUAUAUUCCAUGUAAAAUAUCUAGAUGUGCAGUGUGAAAUCCAAUGUUGGGUGUAAUCCAGAGUGUUUGAAUAUAUAACAGCUACUCAAUGACCUUAUUAGUCAUUAUUAUCAAAUUGAGCUUUACUGGUAAACUUUCACAAGGCAAAAUACCUGUGUGAGAAUUCUCAGGUGGAAAAAGUCACUCUCCAUUUUCCUGGUCCCUUGCUAGUUUUGGCACAAUGAAUUCACUCAACUAGGUUGAACUUAAUGGUGUCUGAACAAAUCUGUCAUGUGGGAUUUGGAAAUUUGCUAUUUCCAUCAGAAGCCGUGUUUUGCAUUAGGGCUCCGUUCACACUUGUACGACUCCAAAGACGUACAAAUUUGAUACAACUUUGGAUGGGUGCGACUUGGAUGUGACUUGUUGUCCCCCUGCAAAGUUGGAUCCGCUGUUGCAUGUAAAACAUUCAGGAACGACUUUCAGGAAUAACAUUUAAGUCUAUGACGCUCAAGUUGCAUGAAAGUUGGACCAGGGUAGCGCAUGAACUACAUUGAAGUCACUAUGACUUUAAGUCAUACAUAUAUGAAUGGUUGUCAUUGGAAAACAUGGGGUACAACUUGUCACGUGACUUUGAUGUCCAAAGUCAUAUGACAAGUCGCACAAAUGUGAAUGAGGUGUAAGAGAUUCCCUUUAUAUCUGAAAGUCAAGUCUCACUGUUUAACUCUGUGUAGGAGUGUAUGGAGAAUUCAGUAUUGGGGCUUUUGCUGCUGUGUAUUUGGGAAGUGUAUCUGGAAUAGUUUGUCACUGGAACCAUGUAGGUUAGUAAGCCUGUUCCAGCUUACACCCAACCUUUCAUAUGUAGCACAGGCAGGACAUCGUCUUUAUGUUUUGCCAUCUUUUACUAAAAGUAUAUUUGUGUUUGUGCCACAUUCAUGCUUUAAAAUGUAUGUAAAUGCAAUAUUUGCCUGGUUUAUAGAGUAGGGAAGAGUUAGACCGUUUUGAUUAAUUAUUUCUCUCUGGGUCUCCACUUUCACCGUUCUAUUGGUCCUGGUGACCAUUGUCACUGAACAGUAAGUGAAGGAAAACCCAAAAAUGCUGUUGCCACCAUAAGGUGGAAAUCGGGCAAUGGGAAUUAAGUUUCCUGUUAUGUGUCCAGGACACAAAGUGAAGUAAAAUCUUCCCAGCAGGACACCGACAGCAAGAAAUAACUUGACAAGGGUUCCAACCCUUCUCUAUUCUAACGAAGGCCGAGUUCACAUAUGUGCGGCUGUGAUUUGCAGUCUGGGGUCUGGUGCGUUUCUGUUCAGGUGCAAAUUUCUGCCUGUAUUUUUGCACCUGAACUAGACCCAAAGGACCCUUUUUGAAAACGCAGGCGCCCCGGACAUAUGUGAACAGACUAUUGAGAGAUGAUCACAUUCACAUGUCAUGUGAAUUGGAUGAGGUGUAAAAUGCAUCCAAUUUGCAUAUAUGUGAACCCAGCCUUAAACGUAAGGUGGUUGUAAAGGCCGGACAUUUUUAACAUAAUGCAUUCCCUGCAUUAAGGCUAAAAAUGUCACUAGAUUUGCCCCCUCACCCCUCUAUGUACUUACUGGAGCCUGAUCUUGAUCCAGCACU